AUAGAAUUCAAUUUAUCGUGUCAUUCCUACAUGAGGCCAAUUAUUAUUUGUGCUAUUUAUUUCUUCAGUUACUUUCUGCGAACUUUUACGAAAUUAUCCGGUUAAAGUAAAGUAUUCAUUGAGUGUAAAAAAGUUUAGAGGAGUAUUCAGUAAACAGUUGUUUACUAAGAAAUUGUACUGCAGAAUUUCCGUGUAACAUUUUUAUGUGCGGUAUUGUUGCUGAGAAUUCGUAAAUUCUAAGGAAAAAAUACAAAUAAAUUCAAAAUGAAUGCCGAAGUUACUCUCCAUUUAAUUCGAGUGUUGGAAAAAACUGUAUCUCCGGACAAAAAUGAACUUCUGUCGGCUAAAAAUUUUCUGGAGCAAGCAGCGGAAGAAAACCUGCCCGAAUUCCUAAAAGCUCUAUCCGAUAUAUUAGUCACUGUCAAUAACAGCCCAGUAGCGCGCAUGGCAGCAGGUUUACAACUUAAAAAUCAUUUAACCAGCAAGGAUGAAACUGUAAAUCAACAAUAUCAACAUCGGUGGCACCAGUUUCCUGAAGAAAUACGAGAGUAUAUAAAGAAAAAUAUUCUUGUGGCAUUAGGAACUGAAAAUACUCGUCCAUCAUGUGCAGCACAGUGUGUUGCUUAUGUGGCUGUUACAGAAUUACCAAUAAAGGGAUGGCCGGUUCUUAUUCAAACAUUAGUAAAUAAAGUAGUAGCCGAUAAUUCCAGCGAAAUGAAUAGAGAAGCUGCUCUUGAAGCGAUCGGAUACAUUUGCCAGGACAUACGUUACGGCGUUUUAGAACAUCAGUCAAAUCAAAUUUUAACUGCUAUUAUUCAUGGAAUGAGAAAACAAGAGCCAAGCAAUCAUGUUAGACUAGCGGCAACUACAGCUUUGCACAAUUCAUUAGAGUUUACUAAAGCAAAUUUUGAAAAGGAUCUUGAGAGAAAUUUUAUUAUGGAAGUAGUUUGCGAAGCCACACAAUCUCAAGAUACACAGGUUUGCGUUGCCGCUUUGCAAUGUUUAGUUAAAAUUUUGACACUAUACUAUCAAUAUAUGGAACCUUAUAUGGCUCAAGCUUUGUUUCCUAUAACUUUGGAAGCAAUGAAAUCUGAAAAUGAUCAAAUAGCAUUACAGGGAAUUGAAUUUUGGUCAAAUGUCUGCGAUGAAGAAAUCGAUUUAGCAAUUGAAACCCAAGAGGCAAAUGAUGCGGGUCGUGCACCAAUCCGAGUAUCAAAGCAUUACGCUCGUGGAGCUUUACAAUAUUUAACACCUGUCUUAGUUGAGAAGUUGACAAAGCAGGAUGAAUGUGACGAUGAAGAUAACUGGAGUCCAGCUAAAGCAGCAUCUGUUUGUCUGAUGUUAUUAGCCACUUGCUGCGAAGAUGAGAUUGUUCCUUAUGUUUUCCCAUUCAUCAAAGAUAAUAUAGAGUCACCCAAUUGGCGUUUCCGUGAUGCUGCUGUUAUGACUUUCGGUUCCAUUUUAAGUGGCUUGGAAACUAAUACUCUCAAACCUUUAAUAGAACAAGCAAUGCCUACACUUAUACAUUUAAUGUACGACGAAAGUGUAAUUGUACGAGACACAACAGCUUGGACAUUUGGACGUAUAUGUGAUAUUGUUCCAGAGGCAGCGAUCAAUAAAACAUAUUUGAAUACCCUACUUGAGUGCUUCAUUAAAGGACUUAAGGCCGAACCUCGUGUCGCUGCUAAUGUAUGCUGGGCGUUCAUUGGUUUAUCAGAUGCUGCUUACGAGGCGGCCGAAGUAAAUGAGGGCGAAACCCCUGAAACAUAUUGUUUGUCACCAUAUUUCGAGUACAUUAUUACUCAGUUGCUAGAGACAACAGACAGACAGGAUGGUACUCAAGCGAAUCUAAGAGCUGCUGCGUAUGAAGCACUAAUGGACAUGAUAAAGAAUUCACCUCUGGAUUGCUAUUUAGUUGUUCAGCGAACAACCAUUGUUAUUCUUGAAAGACUUAAUCAAGUAUUACAAAUGGAAUCCCACAUUGCUAGCCAUAAUGAUCGCCACCAAUUUAAUGACUUGCAAUCACUACUCUGUGCUACCUUGCAAAGUGUUCUCCGAAAAGUUCGGGAGGAAGAUGCACCUCAAAUAUCGGAUGCUAUUAUGACUGCACUUUUGACAAUGUUCAACUCUUCUUCUGGCAAACCAGGUGGAGUACAAGAAGACGCUUUCCUUGCUGUUUCAACUCUUGUCGAAUUGCUUGGUUUCAAAUUCGUGAAAUAUAUGGAUGCUUUCAAACCAUUUUUGUUUAUGGGUUUGAAAGCACACCAAGAAUAUCAGGUAUGCUGUGCUGCUGUUGGUUUAACUGGAGAUAUAUGCCGAGCUCUCAAGCAGCUGAUUAUACCAUACUGUGACGAUAUUAUGACAUUGCUCCUUGCAAACUUGUCUGAACCUACACUCCAUCGUAGUGUGAAACCGCAAAUUUUAUCAGCGUUUGGAGAUAUGGCGUUAAGCAUUGGCAGUGAAUUUGUUAAAUAUUUGAAUGUCGUACUAGAUAUGCUUAAUGCAGCUUCCCGACUACAGGUAGAUCAAAAUAGCUACGACAUGAUGGAAUAUUUAAAUGAAUUGCGCGAAAGUGUCUUGGAAGCCUAUACAGGAAUAAUUCAAGGAUUAAAAGGCCUUGAACAACAGCCACAUCCUGAUGUAUUUCACUUAGAGUCUCACUUACCCAACAUAACUGCAUUUAUAAAACGCAUUGCUGUUGAAGGAGAUAUCUCAGACUCUAUGGUAGCUAGCGCUGCAGGAUUUAUUGGCGAUUUAUGUACCGCUUUUGGGCCACGACUGUAUCCAUUGUUGGAAGAUGGAACGAUUAGUCAAUUCUUAGCCGACGGUAAGAGAUCAAAAGCAGCACGAACGAAAUCACUAUGCAAUUGGGCCACGAAGGAAAUUAAGAAACUACGCGAUGGCCAAGGAAUUUCUCAGUAAAAUUAUACUAGGUCAGAUAAAGUAAACUUUUAAUUAUAUUGUUAGUAUGAAAUAUUCCAUGAUAUGUAAGAAUUUCGUAUUUCGAUUUCGAGUAAAUAAGACUUAUGACAAAUCCUUCAAGCUAUACAAUGUUUACAGUAAAUAUUUCAUUAGAACAGCUUUUCCUAAACCAUUUUAGAAAGGCUCUCAGUAAAUAUUUAGACGAUUCUUCUUAUGUUAUUUAAUAAUCUCGAGUGAUAUAUUUUACCGCAUAAAACCUUUACGGAAAAAAUUGGUCAGAAACCACGGAAAACUCUCAGAAACUUCAUUUCUAAAAAGAAAAAAUAUGGAAAAUACAUACAUUAGGCAUACCAACUUGUCAAUAAUUGCCAAGUUUUUAUUCGGUUCAUAUAAAACAGACUGUUUUUAAAAAGGUAUCAGCUGUUAUUUCAUAUCUAGCAUUAAAAUUAUUAUAAAUAUAACACGAGACCCAUCGAAAUGGAA